AUGGUUGAGACAAACACUUGUCAAUAUUAUCUUUAUACCCAGAUAGUCUCCUGUGAACCAUCUGUAUUCAAGCUUGAGAAUUCAAAGAACUGGUUUUUACUCUGUGCUGAUGUUUUGGAAGAUAGAUUAUUGUUCUUUAUAAAGCAUUAUAGUGGAGAGGAGAGGAAGGAAACAUUCAGCUAUAAUCUCAAGAUCUUCAAUGAAGGAAAAGAGUUUUCUAGGUCAAUGCGUGGAGAGUGUACUCCUAUUGAUAUGGAAAUCAAGGAUGCCAGGAGAGAAGGAUAUACACUUGAUAUCAGUGUCGAAGCUAUGAAAAGGAAGUGUUUAUUGCCAAACACAGUAAACGAAAUCAUGGAACAUAGAUUGAUUAAAAGAAAAAAUGAAAUAGAUGAAAAAAGUGAAAAUCGUUCUGUGAAAAGGAGCACAAGUAGGAAGGGGAAACAGGCAAAUAAUAUAGAAUCAAGUAAAGACAGAACUAUUUCUGAACUGCAAGAACAACUCAAUGCCGAGAAAUCGAUGAAAGAGGCAGCAAUUAAAGAAAAAGCUGAUCUUGAGAAAAGGAUUGAUGAACUAGAGAAAGAGAAGAAUCUAGAAAAAGGUGAACUGAAAGAAAGGAUCGCUGAGCUAGAGAAACAACAAAUUGAUGAGGAGAAGAGGAAAGAUGAUAUUCUGGAUUUUCUGGCAAGAGAAGUCACUUGUUCUGUCUGUCUCAUGAUCCCAAGAACUAAGAAGAUACCUAUCUGUAGGAAUGGGCACACUACCUGUAAAACAUGUAAAAGGACGGAAUGUCCUGUCUGUAGAACCAGGAUGGAAGAAGAGACCAUGUUCUCUCCUCUGUCCCAGAACAUCACAGAUCUGUUGGUAGUACCCUGCAUAUUCAUGGAUCAGGGUUGCACCAUCAAACUCAAGAAGAAGGAGAUAGUGGAACAUGAGAAGGAAUGUAGAUAUAGAGAAUGCAUGUGUCCAGGAUGUAAGGAAAAGAUUCAAGCAUGUAAACUUCCUGAUCACUUCCUUUAUUGUGCUCAACUAGUAUAUAGGGAGCAUCAUCAGCAUGUGCAUUUGGAUGAGACUAAAAAAAUAGUUUAUAAAGGUUCUAAAGUAACAUCACGUAAGCCCUUUGUAUUUAAGCUAGACAACUCAUAUAACUGGUUUCUACUCUACACUGAUCGAUUAGAAGAUAAACUGGUGUAUCAUGUUAAGCACUAUAGUGGAGAGGAGAGGAUGGAAACAUUCAACUAUAAUCUCAAGAUCUCCAAUACAGGAAACACAUUCUCCAGGUCUAUGAGUGGAGUGUGUACUCCUAUUGAUAUGGAAAUCAAGGAUGCCAGGAGGAAAGGAUUUACACUUGAUAUAAGUGUCGAAGCUAUGGAAAAUAUGUGUUUUUUGCCAAACCUAGACAAAAAUAACAAAUAUUAUUGGUACAUAGAAUUAAGCUUGUUUAAAUCUUAUCCUUAAACAUUAUCAGGUGUGCAAGGUGAUUGAAAUAUUGAAAUAUUUUAAAAAAAUCAAAACUCCUGUGAAUUUACAAUUUUCCUGAUAAUCAUGAUGCAGUUAAGUAAUUAAAAUUGUCCAUAUUUAAGGUUUAAAGUCAUUAAACUUAAAAUUGAUAAUGUUUAUAAAGUGUACAAUUCAUUUCUUUGGUUUAUAGCUGUUCCCGAAAAUGAUUAGUUUACCACUUUAGCAACUCUCAACCAAUAUUCAUGUGUGAUUAAUAAUUUCUUAUUCUUGUCAAUUUAUUGCUUUUUUUCCCAAUAUUGCAUAAAUGUAAUUUUUUUUCAGAAUAAUGUAAAAAAUAUUAAGAAAAAGAAAAAUCGUUUUGUGAAGAGGUUAGGGUUGGGCUGUUCAGCAAGAUUACUGUAACUUAAAGAUUGAGAAAAAUUACAUUUGUAAUCAAUGUCUUGGUCUUUUGAUUAAAGGGCAGCUCUAACAUUUUAUUAAACAUUUUUAAG